CCACCCUCACUGACUGUGUGUGUGUGCAGUGUGUAGAAUCACAAGUAGUAUGGAAUGCCGAGAGGGAAUUCUUUUUAUAAAUUGCUGUUUUGGGCAUGUAAUACAAACAGUCCAGAAGAAUUCAGAGUGUCAAGGGCAUUGAAAGAAAACACUUAUCCAUUUUUGGCACUGAUUGUCCUACGACAAAACAGAAUGACAGUAGUAGCACGUAUAGAGGGUCCUAUAGGGCCUGGAGAACUCAUAGAAAAAUUAGAAAGAAUCUUGCAGGAUAACGAGGCAUCCUUAAUAGCUGCACGUGCUGAAAGGGAAGAAAGAGAUUUCACUCAGACGUUGAGGAGAGAGAAAGAUGCAGCAUUAUUAAAAUCCUUGAAAGCUAACAAAGAAAAGGAAAGGAAAAGGAGAGAAGAUCAGGAUAAAAUUGACCGAGAAAAACAAAGAUUAGUGGAUGAGGAAAACAAACGAAAAGAAAUGAUACAGGAAAGAGAAAGAUUGAAGGAAGAAUUAAAGAUUGAAAUCCCAGAGGAGCCUGCAGUAGAUGACCCAGAUGUAGUUCGAAUCGUUCUGAAGUUACCUCACGGAUCAAGGACUGAAAGAAGAUUUCUGAAAAACCAAUCAUUAAAGUUUUUAUAUUAUUUCGCAUUCUGUCAUGAGGACUGUCCGGAUGACUUUCAUGUAGUGACAAAUUUCCCCCGAAGGACUCUCCCCUGUGAACCCUCAAAGAACGGCCCUGAUCCCCCUUCCUUUGAAGAGGCGGGGCUAGGCAAAAAUGAAAUGCUUUUUGUACAAGAUAAUGAGGCAUGAUAUUCACAGGAUAUACAUUUAGAAUAACACUAUGGCUCCAAAAGAGAAAAGUUUCAAAACGAAGGCUAUGUAAAAUGCAGGCGCUUACCAAGAAAUUUGGUAGGAAGAAAGGAAAAAAAGCAAGGAAAGAUUCUAUUAUGUUAUGCAUUUUAUUGAUCAGAAAAUUGUCGUUUAUUUUUUGACCAGAAUGUUGUUCCUCUUUAUAACCAAAUACAAAUGUAGUAAGAAGUACGUGUUGCCAAGUCAAUGAGUAACCCAGAUGUUCCUGUUUUUUUCUAUUUAUAUUUUAUAAUUUUUUUUCCCUCAUGUUCAAGGGUACUGUGGAAAUUGAUAACUUUAGGAAAUCUUUUAGAAUGAAUUAGUUUGAUUUAUUAUAAAAACCUAAAGAUAUGUUUAGUACGUACCUAAGGGUUACCAUUUCAGUAACUACUAUAUGUCCUCUGGAGGGCCUUUCAGCCCUUUGUUAAUUGUAUGAUCAGGUCAUUUCAUUUUUCUCAAAAACCAUGGAAUAGUACAUGAAGUGUUCUUUAUACUUGAAAUACAUAGUUACAUACUGUGGAAUUUUUUACAUUUUUGGGAACCAAUGUUUUUGAAUUGUGAGUAUGUUAAAAGUUUAUUCACUGAGUGAAUAAGUUUUGUGGAUUCACUUUCAUGUAUGAAAAAUACAGACUGUGUUUAAUAAUCAAUAAUUUUUUGGGAUGAGCUUAAAUAGCAUAUCCAUGGCAAAAUGAGCUCCCAUGAAUUAUAAUAAUUCCACGGUAUGUACAAUAUAAUGACAUGGUAAGAGUCAAACUGAAAGUAUUUCUUACAUUGUAUUUCCAGGGGAGCAAUACUGAAAGUCCUACUCAUAAAAAGUAAGUUGCUGCAUUCUAGUUAAACAUUAAAAUUUUUGUGCCCGAUUUGUUAAAUUUAUGCCUUACAUAUUUGACUCUUAGUUGAAAUAGAAUGCUGUUUUAAUAAAUUCACUGCGAAAUUAUAUUUUGAAAACAUUGAGAUGCUUUAAUGGUAAAUUUAUUAAUAUUAUAUAGAAAGCAUACUCAAAUGUCAGAGUGAUUAAGAUGGUUAUAUAGUUAAUAAUGUGUUUUUGUAUGUUAUUGUAUAGUGUUUGUAUGAAAGUCUUUAUUUUUUAUCUAGUCAACCUUUUUAUCUCACCUGAGCUGAAAGCUCAAGUGAGCUUUUCUUUUUGUCUAGCGUUCGUCUGUCUGUCUGUCUGUUAACUUUUUUACAUUUUCGACUUCUUCUCCAGAACUACUGGACCAAUUUCAACCAAAUUUGGCACGUGAAGCAUCAUUUGGUGAUGGGGAUUCAAGUUAGUUAAAAUGAAGGGCCAUACUUUCUUUCAAGGGGAGAUAAUUAGGACUAAUUGAAAAUUUGUAGAUAUUUUUAAAAAUCUUCUUCUCAGAAACCAUUUGAUCAGAAAAGCUGAAACUUGUGUGGAAGCACCAAGGGUGUAUAGAUUCAAGUUUGUUCAAAUCUUGGUUCCAAGGGGUAGGCUUGGGCUACAGUUCGGGGGAGGGGGUGUCAAAUUUACAUAGGAACAUAUAAGGUUAAAUUUUAAAAACAUUAUCAAAAACCAUUUUGCUAGAAAAGUUGAAACCCAUGUGGAAGCAUUUGAUUUACCAUCAGCUGUUUU